AUGGAUCUAGACGGACAGGAACAGCACUCCUCUCCAUUCAUCGACAGUCUAGAAGACGAUCGUUUUGAUCCAGAUUCGGAGGACGACUACAUUGCCACCUCCAGCAUCUGCACACCUUUUCAGCACCUGCAGUUCCACCUCGACAUGACCAGUCCCCAGUAUCUGACGCCGAGCACACAUCACCCGAAGCGACUGCGUGUCCGCGGUCUAACGCUCCCCGGUUCGACCGCUUGUCCGAGCGGCCCACAUACUGUUGCCUACUCCCCCCCUGAGUUAGACUUGGGCCCAUUCAGUGUUUCGGGCAUUUCUUCAUUCAACUACCCAGCCACCGUCGAUACAACCCUUCUAACACCAAUUUCUGGCUCCGAGAGCCCCCCUUUAAACCAAAUGCCGUCCCCAAAGACGGAGGAUUACACCUCACAAUCAGCAAUGUCUCUCCAUGCGGUACCGACGCCUCCACACACAGGAAGGACUUAUUACAGUCCCUACGAAAGUCAGGAUUCCCCCUCAAUGUCCGGUCUCCCAUCAGUAACAGAAGCCCAUCAAUUCAAUCAGUCAUCCGCAUACAUGGCCUCCAACCCCCACCAUGCAAUUUCUCCCAAACCCGAAUUUCCGGGGCCUUCAGACCCCUACUUGGGUUCCUAUAGUGUCUCGACCUCUCAUGGUGGUGAGGUAUCGCAACACCCUUUUCCGGAAUAUCCUCACUUUCCGGGCGUGGAGGUAGAUCCCGCAUCUGGAUACAUGUAUAGAACGCAACAGCCUCACCCGAACAUCCAUGGAUCGCCAAUGGACCAUCGGAUGGCCUUCAACGGUCAAGCGCCUCAACUCACCCAUCCCAACCAUUCCCAGUACAGACCACAGACAACCCCAAGGAUCGCUGGGUUUGAUGAACUGCGUGGCGAUCCUACCAUGUUCCUAUCACAAUACCCUUCCCAUACACCAACAAUUGCUCCAUCGAAGCGGAAGCGACAGGAGAAGAGCAAGACUUCCAAGCCUGGGAAAGCAUCGUCUCGAACAUCAAAGGAGUCGCCGCGUCCAGGGUACACAGAUGGAUCGGCUGCUUAUCAAGAAGGGGAGGGUAAUAAGGAGGAGCUAAUCCUCCAUGAUGACGCACCGGAAGACGAUAAGUUCUUGUUCCAGCUCAGAAAGGAGCAUAUCUCUGAGAAGGGGAAGGGGAUGUGGGAAGAAAUGAAGGCCAAGUACUCGGAGAGGCAUCAUGGCAAUUGGGAAAAGGCGGCACUGCAAAUGAAGAUAUCGCGGGCUGUAGCCAAAUUUGGUGUGUGGCCAGAACAAGAGAUUCAACGUCUGAAAGAAGCCUUUUUUCAAGACGAAGAGAAGAGGUACCAACGCCUCAUUGCUCACAUGAAGGAGAAGGGUGGGUGCAAGAUCUGGGACUGGAAGCCUCAACACAUUUCGGCCAUGCUUAUCAAGUUGGGCCUUGAGGAUGCCAAAAUAGAAGAAAAGACGGGAACCCGCCGGCGCAAGAAGUUGGAGAAGCGAAAGCAUACCAGCUCGGCAUUGCAUGGAGGGGCUGCUUACUCUACACCACACCAAAACAUGGUGCCUGACUGGUCCGGUGGAUCGGUUGGUCUUGGUCUCCAUAAUGUUUUCCCCAACAAUCAUCCCCAGCAGCAAACCAUGGUGAACAUGGUAUCGACAACUCGACAGCCCUCCCAUGAGCAAUCUUUCUACGAGUUGAGGAGCGACGAAAGGUUUCCCCAACUUACUUCCGAACAGUACUAUGAGACUGUUGAGCAGAUAUUCAACGACCCAAGGCAUGUUGAUGAGGACGGGAUUUCAAGUCCCGGCUUCACAGACGUGGCAGAUCGCGAUGAGAGAGCGGCCAAUGUUGCGACUAGCAGCGCUCACAAUUCGCGGCCGCCGACAAGAGAUGAGCUAAGCAGUUACCAACAAGCCUCUAGCGCGAGGAUGGCACAGCAGGCGUGCGAACAACUGCUGCAAGGACGGCAACAAUAG